CCGCCGCGCUCGACGGUCCACAAUGGGGUUGAACUCAAUUAUGGACGCUCAUAGACUGUCGCCCAGGUCCAGAUCUCAUGGUCACUGAUUAAUACAACCUGAUCCAUGACCUUCCUUCGCCCUCUAACUCCUCCUCACUUCACUUGCUACCCUUUACUUCUCUCUCAGCUGGCCUUCGAGAGUUUCCUUUUGAGCGGACUCUCUGAUUUGCAGACUGCCGCAGCACGUUCUCUGACGUGGUCGUGCAGACCCAGCUCAACCACUUUCUUUUCUCCCUGCCUGCAUUUAGCCACCGGCGACGUCUCCGGGCUGUGGCGCAGUGAGUGCAUCUGUCCGCCGGCUCAAGUAUACCCGCGAGCAAUUGGAUAUUUUCUGUCGUCUUCGCUCAAGUGCAAUCAUAUUAUCUGGACGGCCAAUUUCUUUUUUCGUUUUUCAGGUGCCUGCUAUUUCAAGAACGCGGUUCUUUAUGGUGCUUUUAAACCCUUGUAUAGUACAUCGUUCUGUGCUUGACCGCUUCAUUGUGUCUUAGAAAUACCCCGCCACGCGGCAAUAUUGUGAAGUCUUCAACUUUCCCCAUAUAGAAGCGCUCCUGUCAUACAAUAUCCCCCGCAGAACACGAUGCUACCAGCUACCAAUGUAAGUGAUCAAUCAGUUCUCUGACUCAGGCCCGGAGCGUAUAGAAGCU